AAUCGCGUUUCAUAAAAAAGAAGUUAACUUAAUAUUUAUAUUAGUUUGUGAUCUCUAAAGCGUAAUUUAUGUCGUUGAAUACGAAUAAAGCAAAUCAAUGUACACUUUUAAUCGCUGCAAUAUGCUAUACGAAGAACCGAAAUUUCUUUCAAAUGACAAGAAAGGAAUUCAGCAUAGAUUUAGUGCAGUGUAUAUUCAGACAUGGAGAACGAACACCACGUAGAACUGAAUUACCGCCCAAUUUUACUAAUUAUGCAAUGUACGAACCAUGGGGACUUGCUCAGUUAACAAACGAAGGGAAAAUGACAGAAUUUCGAAUUGGAAGCAUGUUGAGAGAACGUUAUAACACAUUUUUAGGAAAUCAUUAUUAUCCUUCUGAUGUAUAUGCCUAUAGUACGGAUCACGAUCGAACAAAAACGUCUCUUCAAUUAGUAUUAGCUGGUCUUUUUCGUCCGAAUCCGUUUCAAAUGUGGAAUCAAAAUUUGCCAUGGCUGCCGAUACCGACAUACUGUAUGCCAUCCAGAGUUGAUCAUUUAUUGAAACCUGAUUCUUCUCCAAUAUAUUUAAAACUUUUAAACGAAGUGAGAAAGGAUCAAAAAUUUAUUGAAAAACUGAAACCCUACGGAUACUUGUUCAAAUACAUUAAUGAAAACACUGGUGCCAACAUGAAAACAUCACAUGAAUUGUAUGAAACGUACAACCAACUUGUAGCACAGAAAGCUUCGAAACUUCCUUUGCCAGAAUGGUAUAGCGAGGAAAUUUUUUUAAAACUUCAAGAUAUUGUAAAAAUUGAAUACGAAAUUCGUUCGUACACACUUCUUCAAAAACGAUUGAACGGUGGCACGAUUAUCAAAAGAUUUAUUGAAAAUAUUAUUAUAAACGCAGCGCGGCGAAAUCCAAGAAAAAUCUACUUAUAUAGUGGGCACGAAGUAAAUAUCGCUGGUCUCGUCAAAGCAUUAAAUUUCACCGAACCUCAGUUGCCACCGUAUGGAUGUGCAAUGAUAUUUGAAAAAUUAAGAAAUAAGGAUGGUAAACAUUAUGUCAGGUUCUUAUACUGGGAUACACAAAAAUUAGUAACUAUUAAUCUGCCGGGACAAGAUGAUGUUUGCCCAUUUGAAAAAUAUUUAUAUAUGAUAAAAGAUCUGAUUCCUACCGAAGAUGAAUCCUAUCACAAAUGGGAUUAUUUAACGAAACAAGAAUUACGAAGGUUAUUUGACGAGAUAUAUUUUGACAUCAAAUAUUAAGAUAAGAAUAUUAAUUUUAUUAUAAUAUAAUUAAAACAUAAAUUUUUACAAUAUUUGAUUUAUAAUUAAUAAUUAAUAAUAAUGAUUAAUAGUUUGUAACAAUUGAUUUAUUGAACCAGAAGAUAAUAUUAUUAUUAGCAUUAAUUUUGUGUUAUUGAAAAUCUUUUUAAAAUUUUACUUUUAUUUUUCUAUUCUAUAAUAUUAUAAGUAUUUA